GCGGAAGAGGAAUGUCGAAUUGAGACAGAAGAAGCGGCUCGUCAGUCUCUCAGCUAAACAUUUAAAGCUGUAUGAAAGUGAAGGAAGAGGAUCCCUGUAUAAUGCUUCAUUGUAAAAUCAAGACUGAGAAAACAGAUGCUGGGACUCCUGGAGCUCGAAACUGCCUUGAUGCAGUGUUGCAAGUUCUGGUUGACAGUGAGAGAGAGCAAAAUGAGGAGGAUUCUGGGAAAAUAGUGGUAGACUCUUCGAGCAAAUAUUUGUCACCUUCCUCUGUUGAGAAAAGACCAUCAUCACGAUUCCCACAACAUAGAAGGAAGAAGCGCAAAGAGAUGGAUGAUAGCUUGGCUGAAACCAACCAGCACAAACAAAAUGUAUAUAUCAUCAAGUUAUUUGACCAUAGUGUUGACUUGGCACAGUUUGGCACCACCAUUCUGCUCUACCCCAUCUGUCGGGCAUGGAUGAGAAACAACCCUGCUGUGCGAGAAAGAAAUGCCCCCAGCCCCCCUCACAGCUCUGGGGAGGAUGAGAUGACUGACAUGUUGAACGGCAAAGGUCAGAACGUGUACAGGCUUCCUCCACCUGUUUCCUGCUCAUUCAAUUCUGCUGGUGAACCUGUUAGUCUCAGAAUUCCUCCUGUAGUGAAACCUGCAGAGAGCCAGGAAUAAUGAUUGAGCGUUUGAAGCAGCAUGGGACUUCACACUGCUCCAGUGAUCUGUUGAAGAUCUGUGUGAAGAUGGGGGCCAGCUGGUUAGCACAGGAUCUAAGACACGCUGGUGAGACGACAGCUGGGCCUGAAGCCUUCCUCGUCUUUUGUUUCAGAAAGACGCGGCUCAAGACUUUAUCUCCACCCCUGUAAGCAUCCUCUUUGGCCUGACGAAGCUGCCUGAGCUCUGCUGUAAACCAGGGUUUGUCAUUGUUGAACUUUAAAUAAGUCCUAGUAGGAAUGCACAUAUCCUCACAGAAACUGAUAUGAUGUAACAGUAUCUGUGAGCUCAUCCAGGUCUGUGGCUGCAGCCUCAAAAACACUCCAAUCCGUGCAAUCGAUGCAGGCUUGUAGUUCCCGCACUGCUUCAUUGGUCCAUGUCUUUACAGUCCUUACUACUGGCUUGGUUGAUUUUAAUUUCUGCCUGUAGGUUGGAAGAAGAUGAACCAGACAGUGAUCAGAGAGUCCCAAAGCUGCUCUAGGGACAGAGUGAUAUGCAUCCUUUAUUAUUGUGUAACAAUGAUCCAGUAUGUUCCUGUCUCUGGUGGGGCAUGUGAUGUGCUGUUUGUAUGUGGGCAGUUCACGUGUGAGAUUUGUUAAAAUCCCCAAGAAUAUAAUAACUGAGUCCGGGUAUUGUUGUUCCAUGUCUGUGAUUUGAUCAGCCAGCUGUUGCAGCACUGUGUUCAAACACGCGUUUGGUGUGAUAUACACACUCACCAGAAUAAACGAGAAAAACUCCCGUGGCGAGUAGAAAGGCUUACACUUAAUAAAGAGCGCUUCCAAAUUAGGACAGCACAUCCUCUUUAACGUAGUUACAUCUGUACACCAACUUACAUUGAUGUAAAAGCAUGUUCCACCGCCUCUCGUUUUCCCCGUUAACUCCAUGAUGAGAUCCGCUCUGAACUGCUGGAAGCCUGGCAGAUGUAAUGCGCUGUCCGGAAUGGCUUCACUCAGCCAGGUUUCUGUGAAGCACAAGGCAGCAGAGGUUGAAAAGUCCUUGUUUGUGUGGGUGAGGAAAUGUAGUUCGUCCGUUUUGUUAGGAAGAGAGCGGAGAUUCGCUAAGUGAAUACUCGGCAGCGCUGUUCGAAAUCCAUGCCGACGGCGUUUGACCAGCGCACCAGCUCGUCUCCCUCGCCUGCGUCUCUUGAACAGCAGAGCUGCGCCUCCAACUAAAAUGUCUAGCAAAACGUCUGAAUAUUCGAAAACCGGGAAAAGAUUGUCUGGUACAUGCUGUCGAAUGUUCAGCAGUUCGUCUUUGUUAAAACUGACUGGAAAAGAUUACUAAACACAGGACAAACAAACAAAAACAACAAAAGGACCGAGGAGCUCCACACCGAGGCAGCCAUCUGUGGCGCCAUCAUGAUGAUAAUUAUAUCAUUUAUAUAAUAUAAUAUAAUAAUUAUAUAAUUAUAAUUAUGUUUUCCAAAUACCUGUAUGACUUUGACCCCGUUUACACCUGGUAUUAAGAUGUGUUUUGGGUAAUCCGAUAACAUGUGGUCAGCCCUAAAUACAGGUCUAAAGGGGUCUAAAGUUUUUUUGAUCGUAUAACAAAAACCCCAUACGAAUGUGGUCAAAAACGCAUGUGACCAUAUCGCAUUUGAGGUGUAAACGCUAAUCCGUCCUGUAUGCGUCCCGGCAGCAGUGAAGCACCACCCCACACCUGUCAAUCAACCGCUGCGCUACAACAAGGGUUGAAACUUUGCCAUUUACAAGCGGCUUUAAAAGGAAAUUCAGUCUGAAUAUUUUACAUACACAAUCACAAGAACCUCAUGGAUCUUCUUCAGUGUGUCUGAUAUCAAUACAGAUGAGAAGCACAAACACCUGAAGCUCCUUUAAUACAGGUAAUCCACUAAAAUAACGAAUAAUUCUGCUUGACGUUGCGUUUGUGCUUAGAUUAAAUUUCAACUGCAUCUGGAAGAAACAGCGUGCCAUUUUUGUUUUUUUGUGCUUUCUUUGUCUUUUCUGACUUUGUAGCGCUUUAAUAUCAUUCAGUAACACACUGACAAAGUGACUGAUGCAUGUCGUCAUUAAACAGAGACCCCCCUCUCCAAAUCCGAACACAAGUGGUCACAGAAAAUGCAUUUAAGUGACCAGGUGUAAACAGAAACGUGUCUCACCUGACCACAUGUGAUCGGAUCACCCAAGACGCAUCGUAAUACCAGGUGUAAAUGGGGUCUUUAUUUCUUCCAUUAAACACAAAAGAAGAUAUUAAGCAAAAUGUUAGUCUCAUUCACUUUUAUUCCAUCUUUUCUCUGUAAAAUAAAAUGAAUAGCAACUGCCGAAGUUACUGUGGCAACAUCCUGCCUCAUAUCUCCUUACUUAUGUGCUCCACAUAAGAAAGCCAUAAGGGUUUGGAACAAAAUGAGGGUGAGUAAAUGUCAGUGAUGACCAAAUGUAAAUUUUUGGGUGAGCUAUCCCUUUAAUUGUGUACUAAACAUAUCCGUAUCAAAUUGUGCAUUUUAUUUUUUAUUUUUUCAGUUCCUAAGCAUCUUUUUCCUUCUUUGUCAGUCUUUAGAAACUGCCGCAGGGCAGUUUGAUUCAGUCACAUCAAAGCUGGAAAAAAAUUAGACAGAAGUACGAGUUCUUCUUUGUGAAAUAUCCUAUUUGUUUUUAAUUAGUAAACAAGUGUUAUCAUUGCCACAUAUACACUAUAUAUACACACCGAUCAGCCACAACAUUAAAACCACCUGCCUAAUAUCGUGUAGGUCCCCCUCGUGCUGCCAAAACAGCUCUGACCCAUCGAGGCAUGUACUCUACAAGACAAAAGAAAGGUGUCCUGUGGUAUCUGGCACAAAGAUGUUAGCAGCAGAACUUUUAAGUCCUGUAAGUUGCGAGGUGGGGCCUCCAUGGAUCGGACUUGUUGGUCCAGCACAUCCCAUAGAUGCUCAAUCAGAUUGAGAUCUGGGGAAUUUGGAGGCCAAAUCAACACCUUGAACUCUUUGUCAUGUUCCUUAAACCAUUCCUGAACAAUUUUUGCUGUGUGGCAGGGCGCAUUAUCCUGCUGAAAGAGGCCGCUGCCAUCAGGGAAUACCGUUGCCAUGAAGGAGUGUACGUGGUCUGCAACAAUCUUUAGGUAGGUGGUAUGUGUCAAAGUAACAUUCACAUGAAUUUCCCAGCAGAACAUUGCCCAGAGCAUCACACUGCCUCCACCGGCGUGCCUUCUUCCUAUAGUGCAUCCUGUUGCCAUCUCUUCCCCAGGUAAUCGAUGCACACGCACCUAGCCGUCCACAUUAUCUAAAAGAAAUGUGAUUCAUCAGACCAGGCCACCUUCUUCCUUUGCUCCAUGGUCAAGUUCUGACGCUCGCGUGCCCAUUGUUGGCAGUGGACAGGGGUCAGCAUGGUUACUGUGACCGGUCUGCGGCUACGCAGCCCCAUGCGCAGCAAGCUGAGAUGCACUGUGUCUCCUGACACCUUUCUAUCAUGGCCAGCAUUACGUUUUUCAGCAGUUUGUGCUACAGUAGCUCUUCUUGGGGAUCGGACCAUACAGGCUAGCCUUCGCUCCCCACGUGCAUCAGUGAGCCUUGGGCGUCCAUGACCCUGUCACUGGUUCACCAGUUGUCCUUCCUCAGACCACUUAUGGUAGGUACUAAACACUGCAUACCAGGAACACCCCACAAGACCUGCCGUUUUGGAGAUGCUCUGACCCAGUCGUCUAGCCAUCACAAUCUGGCCCUUGUCAAAGUCACUCAGAUCCUUACGCUUGCCCAUUUUUCCUUGCUUCCAACGAAGGAAAGAAUCCGCCCCAUCCAUGCCCUUAUAUGGAACGGAAACAAUUAGGCGGAAAUGGUAAAAGGAAUGUAAAGAUGGAGAAAAGGAAGAGUGAAGAGGAUCUAGAAAAAAGAGAGGUGCACGGAUUACCUGGGGUGUACGAGUUCCUGAGCUAGAGCGGGACACAUGCUGUGUUUGGCCGGUGUUAACGCCGGAGUGAAGGGGUUACGCACGUGCUUCCUGAUGCCGGCUGCAGUGUUGUCGUCUUCUAAUGCUGAAGAGCAUUGACAAGUAACAAAUUCAGGUAUUUUGACUUGUGUCUGCUUCUCUGGAACCUCAAGCUUCCCUGGAAUAGUUUCCCCUGCCAUCCAUGGUCAGUGGUAUACACACACACACGCACACACACAAACACGCACACACACAAACACACCUUUUCGCAUACAUUCACAGCCCCACAUUCGCGCCUCGCUCAGAGUGAGUGUAGCGCUUAGAGUUUUUCUUUCUUUUAAGUUCAGUAAAAUUUUUUGUGCAGAUCUAAUUAACCCUUCUUUAUUUCUUUUCUCCCUGUUGUUGUUUUUUUUGGUUUUAUUUUGGGAUUGAUACUUUUAAGUGAACGCGACACUCGAAAAUCUGCCGAUUUUGACUUAAAAAUAUAGGUGCAGGAGUCCAGCAUCACCGAUAGACUUUCAGCUAUAAUUAAUUUUUUAUUUAUAACUAUAUUUUGUCGAACAUUGUGCUUAUGAUUGUGUUAUGGAUGGGGUAAAAAAUAUAUCAUAUUGAACUGCAUUCAGUUUGUUUGUGGUGUUUCAUUUUUUGUUUUGUAUAUGUAACUGGUGGUUUUUGUGAGCUAUUCUUUAGGGUUUAAAUUCUACCAGUUGACAGGCUUAGACCUGUCUGGCGCCUGAAUUAUUUUGUAAUUAUUUAAAUUUAAAAGUUUAUUCUGGUUUUCGGGCCUGCCACUGUUACAAAAUUCAAGAACUGACUGUUCACUUGUUGCCUAAUAUAUCCCACCCCUUGACAGGUGCCUGUGGCUGAUCAGUGUGUGUGUGUGUGUGUGUGUGUGUGUGUAUAUGUAUGUAUAUGUAUGUAUAUAUAUAUAUAUAUAUAUAUAUAUAUAUAUAUAUAUAUAU